AAGAAAAAUCGUCCGUCAGCGAUAGGAGCAGAACACACACAGCAGCCAAAAGUAAAAGAUUGGGUAGGAAAGCAGCCGUAAAUAGCGUAACCAUAAAGGGUCAUAAUGGAGUGAACUGUGUUGCAGUCGCUGGCCGGACCCUUUGCACGUGCAUUGCCGAACGUUGUACACGCGGGGCCCAUACGCAUCACGGCACGGCGAGAGCGGAAGGAGGCGCAAUUUCGGGCGCUCGAUGACUGCGCGGUGGUGAAGUAAUCACGCAAGAGGCAGUGCAACAACAACAGCAGUAAAAACAACAUUGUCCGGACGAGCAAAAAAGAAGGCCUUCGCCAAGUGCUUCCAGCAGCUGCCGCAAUUUAUAAGUGCUGAUUUUGCAGCUCGACAACGGCAGCUCUCGCUUUGUGCGUUGUGAAAUAUUGCAGACACUGAAGCGAAGACAUUGACGAAAGCACACUGUCCCAUCCAGCAAUCUAGAGCGGGAAUUAAAAGGGUGCGGGUGUUGGUAGCCACAAGGGUCAUGUCAUGUCAGUCAACGACACGAGCACAGGAGGAUCCGUACGCGUUCACGGAAUCGGCACCGCUGCAGGCGAACUCACUGGCGUACGCAAACCAUUCGAGUGCAGUUAGUGGUAGUGGUAACAGCAGCAGCAGCACCAGCAAUAGCAGCUCCAGCAACAGCAAUAAUGCAACAUCCACCUCGGCCACCAUACAGACCGCGUCCUCCGGGGCAAGUCUGCUCCUCACGACGACCAACGCGGCCGGUACGGCAUCCAAGGAUAAAAUAGUAACCGUCUCCCCAUCCGUAAACGCUUCAUCCCCGGCCACACUGAAAGUGCGCUACAAUGGUGUGGUGGCAACGGGGCCAACGAUUGUAAGGGCCCCCAUGACGGUCGGCACGACGGUGCCCGUGUUCACGAAACCGGUGCAAAUAAGGGCACAGACGGCGGCACAGGGUACGGCCACCCAGCCGGCCCAGCAAACGGUGACGGUCGGCAAACUGAUCAAGAAGGUGCUGCCCCAGCAGAAUGGACCGAUGAUAACGACCGUCGUGGCGGGCGGGACAAAAAUUAUUUCCCGCCUGCAGCAGUCCAGCCAAGGGGCGGGCGGACAGCAGCAGCUGCAGCCGGUGAUAUCAACGGCCGGGGGGUCGAUUUUAAAGUUUAUCAAAAUUCCACCCCAACAGCUGGCGAAGGGAACGGCGGCCGGCGGCACGACGAUACCGCAGGGAAGCUUCAUUCAGGUAACCGCCACAGGGGAGGGCGCGGGCAGGAAGCUGCUAGUGAACAGUGGGAUCGGUAGUAAUGGCGUAAGUCCAACCAUUUCCGUCGCUACCAGCACGGCAAGGAUAGCAACGGGCGGGACGGCUGCCGUCAGUCGGAACGUUGCCGGCGUGACGGUGGUGCCGAGCCUUCCCACCGGUCUGCCGACUAAGAUCCGGCUAAUGCAGCCGCAAAUGCAAGGGAAACUGAUUUUGCAAACGUCCAAUAGUGGUACUGGCACGCAAAUUGCUACUCCGGUUAGUGUAGCGACGCUGCGAAAUACGCUCGUGAAGCAAGCACAACAGCAAAAACAACAACAGCAACAAACACAACAGUCGCAACAACAACCCCAACUACUGCAACAGAAGCAGCAACAGCUACAACAGCAGCAAAUUUUGCAACAAAAGACAGUUACAUUACAACAGCAGCCAACUGCCCCCACGCCAAAGCAGCCCCAAAUCAUUCAACAACCAUUACAGCAACAGCAGAAAUCCCAACCACAGCUGCAGCCCCAAAAACCCACUCCCUCGCAAGUGCAGCAACAGCCGAUUGUACUCAGACAGCCAACGAACGUACCGCAGUUGAAGCAAAAGCAAAUCCUUACCAUCCAAGCAUCGCAAUCAUUGUCGCAAACGUUGGCGAAAGUAACGUCUCCGCAGCAGCAGCAGCAGCAGCAGCAGCAGCAGCAGCAGCAGCAGACAGUCAAGCCACAACCGUUGGUGCAACAACCCCAAACGUUACCAAAUCGUGAAAAUGCCGACAGCACACAACAUUUGCUAAAACAACCACAACAAAGCGCUACGGUUCAGCAGCAGCCACAGCCGCAGCAAGUGGCAAGUUCCAAAAGUCUACUGCAGCAGACUGUCCCCAAACAGUCGUUACUUUUGCAGCAGCAACAACAGUCCCAACCGCUCCAGCAGGCAGCGAAACAGACGUCAUCGCCUGCGUUGGCGGUGCAGUCCACCGCUAAACCACAGCCGACGGCACAGCAAUCCCAAUCGCUGCUGCUACAGACCCAGCGAAAACAGCAACAAUCGGUCGCCGUAUCGCCAGGGGGUAAGGUGCGGCCCGUACAGCAGCCCCAGAAAGUGGUCACCUCGGUAGCGCCCGUAUCUCUGCUCACCUCGUCGGUGGUCACGACCAAGGGUGGCUCACUGCUGGUGAAAGUGAACGAACCGUUGGUAGGAAAAUCGGCAAAGGACGGUGCAAGCAGAACGCCAGUCGCCUCGCCCGAUGUGCGGCGUGUUGUGCAGCAGCAGCAGAGUUUGCUCGUUUGCUCUGUUCCGCCUACUCCAAAGGCACGCGAUCAAUCACCAGCGGCCAAUGGUGGGGAGACGAACAUACUCCCAUCCCCAGCACCAGCAGCAUCGGGUGCGCCCGAGCCUAAAGUCGCUCCAGUGAUUGCGAAAAAGGAUGCAGCAGACGCAAUUGCUCCGUCCAGUACCAAGGAAAGUGUGGCGCAAAAGGAAAUUAAGCUUACAGAACAACCCACCCCGCAGGAGUCGAAACAACAGCAGGCGACGAAACUGGGAGACUCGUCGAGUGCGGCCACUGCGAACGGGAAGGUGGUGCGGCAGGCAAUGGGCCGCAAAUCGGCAGCUUCGGGGAAAACGCCCGCCAAAGUGCAAAAGACGGGCAAGCGAACCUACAGCCAGCAUGCACUGGAAGACCAGCAACAGCAGCCUGCUCGUGGAAGGACAUCUUCGGUGGAAGUUAAUGCCACGAUCGGUGGCAUUGUUUCGCCAUUGCCGUUGAAAAGCGCCGUUAGCAGCUCACCGAACGUCUCGCCCGGUUUAUCUGAGGCCAGCUUAGCCGCUACAUCGCCACUGGCCAGUGUGAAGCUGGAACAGGAGGUGGAGAUAAAGCAGGAAGAUGAGGAGUCUGCCGAUGAAAAGCCGAUCAAGCAGCUGCGCUUUGCGGCACCGUCGGUUCCGGGCGCGGUCGUGGUACCGUCGAGACGUCCGAAGGUGAAGGAAUGGCAUGCGCCCGGUGCGUACCUGUUCGAUCUGAAAGAUCCGGGCGACGAGUCGGACGACGACGCGUACGACGAGUACCCGAACACGCUUUCCUUCUGGUACGAGGAAUCGAUUGCAAUCACCGUACCGGAGAGCAGCACGUCAAGCUGGGGAAUGAAUCCGACGCAGCGGGGGACGCUGUCCGGUAGUGGGCGUGGCGGAAAGAAUAAAUCGGCCCGCCGAACGCAGGACGCCAAGUUCCAGAUACGCAUGCUGUCGCGCGACGAGCAGCUGGAGCUGAAGAAGGCUUACCUGCAGCGGCGGGCAGUCCAGUGCAGGAAUGGUUUGCGGAUGCGCAGCAUAGCGGCGGCCGCCACCAAGAAGCGAUUGGAAUCGAUGGCAAUAAUGGUCGCCAAGCUGGACAAGCGCCGGCAGGCGGAGCUCAACAAACAGAGUGAAAAAACGCCCUGUGCUCACGAGGGCUGCACCAACUCGGCCCUUGUAAUGACGGCCCACUGCUACGAUCACAUUACGGAGGACACGGAGCAGUGUUUGUUUCAGCGAUGCACGGCCAAGUUUUCCGACAACAGCCAGUGCCGGGUGCCGGUGUUUGACGUUAGCCACGAGCUGAUCCUCUGCAAGGAGCACGCCUGGAAGCACGACAAUCACGACAAGAUGUCCCACGAGGUGAAAAUGCACAAGAAACCAACGCCGGCAGUGGCGCUGGCAACGCCAACGGCAACACCCACGCCGCCGGCAAUGGCUGCAGGGCGCAAGAAGCUGAAACCCGCCCAACCGCCGGUCAUGGUGCGAACACAGAAGCGGCCCAAAAAGAAGAAGAAGCUUACACCACUGCAACAGCAAAUACUUUUGCAGCAGCAGCAGUACAAGCAGCAGUUUGCGAUGCUGCACCAUCAUCCCGCUAGCCAGGGGCAGGCGAAACAAUCUGCUCCUGCUGCUGCUGCUGCUGCUGUUACUGCUGCAAACCAGCUACAGCGGCCGACAGCGGAAACGAAGUUGUUGUUACAGCAACAGCAGCCCCAGCAGCCCCAGCAGCAACAGCGAUCCUUACUGACCACUUCGUACAGUAAUGGUAAGGUGCAGAGACAGGUUAAGGUGUCGUCGCCGGUAGCUUUAUCCAAGGCAACGCCAACGCCAGUAGCUGCUCAGCCCGUCCCGCGGCAGCAGCUUCUAGCCAAUGGUGUCACUAAAAGCCCACCCAAACCUCUCCAAAGUUCGAACUUGCCCUCCCACCCAACAGCGCAAGCGAGUCGCCAGUCACACAUUCCUGCUGCUGCUGCUGCCGUUGCCAAUAACCGAACCGGACCUGUCAGUGUCGCUGGAUCGACCGUUUACCGAGCGCCACAUAGUAAUAGUGCGACCGCGAAGAUCGUGGAGCAGAUAGAGCACGAUCACGAGCAGCAGCAACUGUCGCAGCAGCACGGUAACGCACCGCCGUCUGCAAACACGCCGGAUCUGUUGACGAUUUGUGAGAACAGCUCCGCGUACGCCAGCUCGGAAGACACCGGUGUUGGUGGGCUGUCGGAAUCCGAGCUGUUGGCGACGCAGGAUGUGAUAGAGGAGAUUAUACCAUUUGAGUUUAGUAAUCUACUGCAUCCGAAUGUGCUGAGCCAUUUGCCGCAGGAUGCAUUGAAUGAGCUGCUGUGUCUGGGUGCAGAGCCGGUAGAGGACGAUACGGGUGAUUCUCACGAGAGUUGUCCGCGUGAGGUGGAGGACGACAUCGAGCGUGCCCUGGAGCAUGUGAAAUCGCUCGACGAUAUGGCGGUAGAACCGAGCAGCUUGUUGGGCGAUUUCCUCGACAAUGUGGACGAUGAGAUGCUGGACGGAUCGGAUAUGUGCACCGACGAGCAAAUGCUCCAGCCGUCAAACAAGACGGGCGAGAUUAGAGGCAUGGUGCAUACGUAAGUAGUGCCGGGCAUUGGCCGGAGAGUGAGUUGAGCUUUGUUGCAGUGAGGUAAUUUUGCACGACAAGCAAUUGAUGUUGACAAAACAUGGUUGAGUUGAUAGCUUUAACUUAAAUACACUGCUGGAAGUUGUGUUUAAAAGCUUAUCUUGAUUUCUGAGGCUCACCACCAAAACCGAUUGUUGUUGUGCGGUAUUGGUAGAUCACAAACAAGUUCUAUAAUUUUAAUAACUUCCCGAUGAUUGAGUUUUUUUUUCUUUUCAAUACUCACACUUGCAUCUGCGAUGCGCGCUCAAGGUUGCUCCCUUUGGCACCAUUUUUGGCACCCAUCGUACACCGGCAUGGCCCUGAAACAUUUCUUCUCGCUCUUGACGCCAGUGUGUCAAUCUUCUUGCGCUGCAAUAUAUAAAGCAGAGUGUGUAGGGUUUUUUUUGUUGUAAAAUCAAAAUAACUUACUUCGUUGGCUGUAAAAACACACCGUCGAAAUUACGCUUUCAUCUAUAUAUAAAUAAUAACAAUUUUAAGUACCGUUCACAAUCGCAAUCGCCAGAGCAGGCGAAGCUUUUAAUAAACAUUCACUGUAAAUAGCAUUGAGUAGUGUGAAAUAAUCACAACCGGGGUGAGCAUCUGUAGCGCAGGAAUGAGUUUUCCUUUCAUAAGAUGUGGUUGUCUGACUGUGUGCGUGUUGUGACGGAAGGUGUUGUUCAGUGAAACGAUAGCAGAGUUAGAUAUAAGGGCACCCAUAAUGGAAACAGUGCGAGCGUGUGAAGAGCAGAGAUGAAAAUGUCCCAGUAAAUACGUAAACGGUUAAAUGGAUUCAAAAGAGUUGUUGUUAGCAGAGAAGCUGUAGCAUUUAGUGUGGCAUCGUCGAGCAGAAGAAAACUAAGAUCCCUCGUCCAGUACGCGCGGUUUGUGUGUGGGUGACUCACAAUGUGUAUAGUAAAACCCUCUCGACCCUUUGUUAUCGCACACCGAUUUGAUGCAUUUACGAUGCAUGCCGUUGUACAUAUACAAUAUAAAUACAGAGUAACAUUUACUACUAUCCACAGCGCCACAUAAACAAGAUAUAUAUCUAUUUUAACACACGAAAUCGAUAACUGUACCUGAUUAAAACAAAAGCAAACACAGAAACACACACCCACACACGCGGGGGUGCGGUUUUUUGGCGUUCAUUUUUACAAAACAAUAAACGGUACGCUUUGUUUCGGUUUGCUUCGCACGUAGAGUGCUUCUUGGCAAGAGGCACACACACAAGAUGAGUUUUGCCAUCCUUAUCCUCUCCCGGGGGGGAUUGGGGAUUGGUCCGGUUUGAGCUGAUAUCGAUACAGUGUGUGGUGGAUAGGAUCGUAGCCGUAUACACUACUUAGUGCGUUGAUCACGAGACACCACCGCCGAACCUAUGCGUUCAUGUAAAAAUAUUAUAAUUUAAGGGGGAAACAGGAAACGGGGGUGUGACUCAAACUCAUGUUAAUACGACGCUUGACGAGACAGACAGUGAAGUACGAUGGAGGGGGGAAGUCGGAUGUUACGAAUGUAAGCCUCUAUCUCUGGCCACUCAUAACCUGGGGGCAAGAACCGGGGUAAGCUUUAGUUUUCUUGUAGUGAGAAACCGUGCAAAACACUAGUAAUCGUACCAACUUAACCUAUGCAUAAGUUCAACCUGUAUGGGAAGAAGUAGAACCUUUAGCCAGCUAGCGUUAAGCAAAACAACCACAUUAUGAUCUCUACAGUAUUCACAACGAGAGCUCUCAGCUGAAUGGUGUUGUGUGUGUUGUAGAUUUCUGUAUAGUAACGGCAGUAACAGUUAGGUAAGCAGACGAACCACCAACGGAGAAGGAAAAAAAUGGACAAACCCUACAAAAAUACUAGCGAGAACUGUACGCUUGUUUAAUAAACACAUACGAAACACAAUUAUUGUAACACAGUGCUUUUUGUAAUAAAACGGUAAUAAAAACCCAAAAAAUUAGCA